GCCUAUGCUCGGCACUCAGGGCCUUUGAGCAGGGAGGGAUCUUUAUCGUGCCACACCUGCUGUGACACGGGGCCUCGGUUUAUACGGUCUAAAAACUGUUAUAAAACUUAUUCAAGAGCCUGAAUACUGUGAGUACUUAUAACUCUCAUUCUAAAAUGUAUUUAUUGAUCGAUUUUCAUUAGUAACUGCAUAAUUAUUAGACAAAUUUAAUCCCCAGUAUACACAAACCAGGAAGUUAAACACCUGUCUGAUAGACAAUACAAAUACCACGUGAUCAAAGUAGCCAGGGAGGAAUUUGGUCAACAAACGCCAUUACUGUCUAAAAUCAGAUCCACACAUUUAAUUAUGAACCCCCGUACGAGUGCCCAGGACGUGAUGCGAUGUGACCUGUGUGAGACCGCUGUGGUACAGAUGCACUGUGAUACGUGUCUUGUCAACCUGUGUAAGGCCUGUGUGGGAGAACACAUGGUUUUUGAUGAAUCCAAAAAACAUGACAUAGUUCCAUUUAAAAUUCGAAAAUCCACUCCCAAAUAUCCAAGAUGCACAGUUCAUGCUGAAGAAGGAUGUGAAAUGUACUGUACUCAAUGUGACAGUCCUGUCUGCAUCAGUUGUGUUGCAUCUGAUCAACAUCUAGGCCAUAAAAUUGUGAAGAUUGAGCAAGUUUUGGGUGAGAGAAAAAACAAAAUUAAAAAAGAUUUAAUUGAAUUGAAUGAAAACAUUUAUCCCACCUACAAGGACAUUGCCUCUGAUGUACAAAACACAAUAGGUAGGUUAGAAAAGGAAUAUGGAGAUCUCUCAACAGCCAUAACAAAACACGGAGAGGACUGGCACAGAGAAAUUGACAAACUUAUCCAGGAACUUAAAGCUGACGUUGAUGAGUUGAAAAACACACAAUUGAAAACUCUGCAGACACAUUUGGACGAAAUAAAUAAGAAAAUGUCUGAGAUCAAGGACGAAAUCGGCUCAAUUACUGUUGCUGUUAAAACGAAUGAGAUUUCAAAACUAUUCAAUGUAACAACUGAUAUAAACAAGUAUAGACAGCUUCCAGAAAACAUAGUUCCCUCCAUACCCAAAUUCACGCCAGUAAACAUAGAAGCAGAGCUUGCUAAAAUAUUUGGAGCUUUGCCAUCAAGUUCUUUAACUUCAGAUAAACAUGGCUAUAGCUUGAAGACUACACAAAUCUCAACACAAUCUGAGUCCUCCCCUCCAGUCAAACAGCUGCUUGAUGAACCAGAGACAGACAUAGCCAUAGACACCGGGUUUGAAUACCUUUACAACGUGGCCUGUCUGAGUGAUGAAGAAAUCUGGGCAAGUGGGAUGGACAAAACAAUGAAACUCUUUAGCAUCAAUCAGGGAUCACUUCUCAAGUCAAUCCCAACCAAGUCAGGGAGCGAGCCAAUGGACAUAGCUGUGACAAAAAGUGGAGAUCUAGUUUAUAUUGACGAAAAUGAAAGAACAGUGAACAUUGUGAAGAAUGAGAAGAUAGAGGAGGUGAUCAGACUACAGAACUGGAGACCUCACGGUGUCUGUAGUACCUCCUCUGGUGAUCUCCUGGUCAUUAUGUACAAUAAUGAUGACUGUCCGUCAAAAGUUGUCCGUUAUUAUGGGGCAAAAGAGAAACAAACCAUCCAGUUCGAUGAUAAGGGUAAACCUUUGUAUUCUUCUGGUUUGCUCUAUUACAUUACCGAGAAUAGGAACCUGGAUAUCUGUGUAUCUGACUACGAAGCUAAAGCAGUCGUGGUGGUCAAUCAGGCCGGAAAACUGAGAUUCAGGUACGAUGGACAUACUCCGGUUAUGAAGAACAAACCAUUCUGUCCACGAGGAAUCACCACAGACAGUCAGAGUCACAUCCUUACAGCUGAUUAUAGCAAUGAGUGUGUCCACAUCAUAGACCAGGAUGGACUGUUCCUCCGUUACAUAAAUUGUGGACUGAGUGAACCCUAUGGACUGUGCAUAGAUAUAAAUGACAAUUUGUUUGUUGCUGAAUCGAAAAAUAGAAAAGUGAAGAAAAUCAUAUAUCUGAAGAUAAGUGAAAUCUAAGAUCGUAUUCAUAAAAACACCCUUGUUUUUUCUACAAGUUCAUGCAUAUGGUAUUGAAUCGGUUCUUUUAUGCAAAAUAGAGAACUACAAACAAUAAAACCCGCCAAUGUACCUAAACCUCCAUUAUGGCAUUAAUGUAAAGGAUGAUAUAUGAAUAUGCAUAAACAGUUCACAAUUCAUAAAACAGGAGUAAUAUAUGAAAUGAACUAUGAAGAAUCUGAAGGCGCAUGGAAUAUAAACCAUCUCAAUGUGCAUGAUGUGUUAUAUGUGUAUCUGUAUGCUAUGAACAAAAAGUGGUUUAUCUGUUUACCCCUCUUUGUAAGGGGUGGGAUUUUUUUUCAAUUUAUCAAGAUUUUGAUGAAAUUGUUUCUUUUCUGGCUUGGAAAUGUAUAUUUUUUUAUUUAUUUAUAUAUUUAUUUUUGUUAAGUUUUAUGCCAUAAUUUGCUUUUGUUUAGUUAUACAUUAUAUCUGAUAAUUUACACUUAAAUAGAGAAGUCACUAGCUCUAGGUAUAAUGCUAAUAGAAUCGCUGCACUCACGUCAUUUGGAACCUUUUCGGCUACACGAUAUACUGUGCAUGUACAUAAUAUGGUGUAUUACACUUUAGUGCAGUCACUGUGUAUGGAG